AUGUUGAGUAUUUGGUUAAUUACUGUUGUACUGGCAAUCUUAGCGGUUGUCGUCGAAGAUAAUCUAUUUCUCAAUCCAGAAAACCAUGUUUAUAACGAAGCUGGUGAUACCAUUAUUACAGAGUCUGGAAAAUAUGUUAUCACAGAAUGCGAAGAUAUUUCGUUGCAAGGCAAUUUUGAAAACAAUGGUAUGUUUUUAGCUUCUACAAAAGAAUCCGCUAAUGGAUUGCAAUUCCUGGUAUCAGAUGGCCAGUUUAAAAACACUGGAACAUUCACUUUGAAAGCAGAAGGUAACACUGGUGCAACCAGUUAUGCUAUUAGAGUCAAUAAAUUUGUUAACACUGGAGCUAUUAUCUUUGACACCUCCGGAAGUAGUGCUCCACUUUCACAAAUUCUGGCUGGUGAGUGGGAAAAUAGAGGAUUGAUUGAAGUAAAUAAUGUCUCACCAUCACAGGGCCAGUAUGAACAUAGUGGUUUUGGUAGAAACAGCGGUAUUAUUAAAUUGUAUAACCAAAGGUUUACACAAAGUUCAGAUAUUUAUGGUAAUGGUUGUUUGUACCUUGAAGAAGGUACGGAAUGUCACCUUCAAUCAUUCUAUGCUACUGGAAGUCAACAUUUCAUUAUGGGUGGGAACUCUAUACUAAAAGUUGGUGGUUCCAAUAGUGGUAUGAUUUAUCUUGUUUCGAUGUUUGGAAAUGGUAAACGUAUUUGUUUGGAUUAUCCAUUGCAAACAGGAAACGGUGCAACUUACGAUGCUAACUAUGGUAGUUUAGUAUUAAGAUCAUCUGAUGUUGUAGAAGAGUUUUUAAUUGGAGCUGGAUACAAUCAAAAUUUAUUUAUGAUCGAGGGUAACUGUGUUAGUUAUGUGUCUGAGGUUCCACAAGGAGCAAAUGGUAAUGGGUUCUGUAAAAUUUAUCCUUCAGAUGAUCCAACUGAAGCUAAUGGGAUCAUGGGACAGGGUGUCAUAGCUAAUGCUGUCGAUGAAGAUGCAGAAGAGCCUACAUUUUACACUACUACUUUUUAUGAUGAUGAUGGAGCUCCUGUGACUGCUGAAGUUAUUGUUAGUACUAAUGAAGAACAACAAUGGUAUACUUCGACACACACCUUAGCAUUUACUUCCUACACUACAGAAGUUGAUGAUGGUGAUGGUGAAAUCCAUACGUUUAUGGUUAUUGUUACUGUUGAUGAUGAUGGUAUCUGGUAUACACAGUCAGAUAUGGUUCAGGAGCAAGGUGAAUCUACCAAGGCUGAAGAUAGUUCUAGUGAAAUUGAACCUUCUAGUGAGAUUGAACCUUCUAGUGAGAUUGAACCUUCUAGUGAGAUUGAACCUUCUAGUGAUGUUGUUGAACCUUCUAGUGAUAUUGUUGAACCUUCUAGUGAACUUCCAGUAGUAUCUCCUAGCAAGGGGCCUCAUACCGAAUAUGAAGAACCUGAACCUGUACUGUAUACAACCACUUUUACUGAUGCCUAUGGAAACAUUAUAACUGGAGUGGUAUACAUUACAACAUAUGAAGACGGUGAAUGGUAUACUUCCACAUCAAUUAUCCAUAGAGAUGAAGAUGAUCCGGGCGAAUACACCACAACCAAAACACUGGUUAUUACUACCAGCUCAAGAGGAAGCUUGUACACUCUGACUAGAACAACAGUGGUUAUUGUUACUAGUUCCUCACAAGGUAGUGCCUCUACUAGCACUGAUGUCUUAACUCUCACUCUGUACACCACCACUUACAUGGAAGACGAUGGCUUGAAGACUGGAAUUGUUAUUAUUAGCACAACUGUUGGUGGUACUUUGUAUACAACUACAAGUGAGCUUGAGCUCCAGCAACAUACUACAACCUACACCGACGAUGAAGGAAGAGUAAGAACUGCCUUGGUUAUAGUUUCUACAGAUACUCAAGGUAAUUUACAGACUACUACCAGUGAUUUUGAAGCCCAGAAACUUACUAUAACCUAUGUUGAUGAUGAAGGUAAUACAAAAACAGCAGAAGUUAUUGUUACUACUGACUCAGAAGGUAAAUGGCACACAACUGUUAGCGAUUUCGAGUUAACAAAAUAUACAACCACCUACACUGAUAGUGCUGGUAAUACCAAGACUGCUGAAGUUCAUGUUACUACAGAUCAUGAAGGUAGAUGGUAUACAACAACUUCGGAAAUUGCUAGAAAGACUAGUACCUCAGAAACUCCAACACCUUCAUUAUUGGCUAUCCAAGAUGUGGCUGAAGAUUAUGCUACCGUACCAAAGAUUAAACUUCCCGCUUUAUUACUUGGUGUAUUUACUGUUUGGUUUUUGAUAAUGUAAAUCCAAUUGGUUAUUUUU